AUGAAGCCAUUCAAUAAGCAGUUUCCAGCGGAGAUUUACCCGCUCAUCCUCAUUCAUCUUCGCAACCCAAUUCCCCUUCCCAACUCCUAUCCAGCACGAUCAGAGAUCUACCAGCCUCACCUCGCCCAGGGAAUUAGGGACUUUUACUAUAUCGUCGAACGCCUGCUCUACACGGAUGUUCUCACUGAGGACCUGGCCGGUACGCUCGCGCUACCCUCCAAGCCUGGACGGCGGUUCCAUCACACAAAGUUAAUGCGGAUCGAGUACGGUUCGAAGACGUCCGAUGUCACAUACGAACAGAUCUUCACAUCGGUCGCGCCCCCAAAGCAUCCGGGCUGGACCAUCUGGAUCAUGGUCGGUCUUACCCAAGAGCAGCAUAAAAGUGCGCUCCGGCGGUCAUGCGAAGCGGAGGUUGACCGCCUGAGUAUGUUCUUCUACCGCCUCACACAGGAGCGGAAGAGCAUAGCGGAUCUCCUACCGAAACUGGAAACACUGGCGAUAAACUCAAUCUACGCCUCGGAAGAUGACGGCUAUACCACCUACGAGCGUGACUUCCCUCCAAAGAACUUGGGCCCCAACCACAACCGGACCCUGCACUUUUCGGCUGUCCCAUUCCGGAUGCCAAUCCCCAUGGGCCGGAACAUCAGAUGGGCAUAUGACGGUCCACCCAAUCCGGACAUGAAGAUGUAUGUCAAGGAGAUUAUACAGGAGGUUAUGGCAGUCGGCCAGCAUCGGGCGGAUAUUGUUGAGGGGGAUCCCAGCAUGGCGGGAUGGGGCAUGCCGGCCAAAACGGACAUUGCGGAUAUCGAUAUCUACCUAUCGUCAGCGGUGGAUGAUCCCUUCUUCGACCAGAUCUCGGGGGCGAGUCCAUCGGGCGGCAGAAAUGAGAUGAUGUCGGAGGAGAGGCAAGAGGCGGUCAUCGCAUCGCUUAGGACCGAGCUGCAGUCCCGCCUGAGAUCCCGCACCAAGACUCUGGAUACAGUGCGUUGGGACUUGACCGAGCGCGCCCCCAUUUGCGAGGCAUGCGGGGCCGAGAACGUGGAUAUGGGCAAGGUGGGAUCAGUACGGACCGUGCGGGCCCGGACACGUCGGUAUGGGGAGGACAAGGUGAUGGCGGACUUCAGAAGGGGAGGUAUCCAGCCGUUCUACUGA